UCGAACUCUCCGGAAAAGAGGUCCAAUUAGCCAGGAUGAGAAAUCUAAGCCCACAAGUCAACUUCUCUUUCAUUGCCUUUGUUCUGAUCAUGAUCUUGCCAAGCAUGGCCUUGGGGGAUGAUCAGCUUAAUAACAGUAGCGGAGCAACUGCGGUACAAGUGGGAGUGGUUCUUGACAUGAAGGGAAUGCUUGGGAAGAUGGGGUUGAGCUGCAUCUCCAUGGCUCUCUCUGACUUCUAUGCCUCUCAUGCCUCCUACAGGACUAGGGUAGUCCCAAAGCCCAAGGACUCCAAAGGCGACGACCUUGGUGCUGCUGCUGCAGCUCUAUACCUGCUGAAAUAUGCUCAAGUGCAUGCCAUUGUUGGUCCAUCAACAUCCAUGCAAGCUGACUUCGUAAUUGAUCUUGGCACCAAAGCUCAAGUACCCAUUAUUUCCUUCUCUGCAACAAGCCCUUCUCUAUCACCCCUUCGGACGCCAUUUUUCGUUCGCAUCGCGCAGAACGAUUCCUCUCAAGCGAAAGCCAUUGCUGCCAUCGUUCGAGCCUUUGGAUGGCGAGAAGUUGUUCCAAUCUAUGUAGACAACGCAUUUGGGGAGGGAAUAAUGCCUUCUAUGGCCGAUGCCUUGCACGAAAUCGACGCUAGGAUACCAUACCGGAGCGUCAUUCCUCCCUCGGCCACAGGCGAUCAAAUUGCUGUCGAGCUUUACAAGUUGAAGACAAAGCAAACUAGAGUGUUCAUUGUCCACACGUUUCCUGAUCUAGCCUCUCAGCUGUUUAUGAAAGCAAAAGAGAUUGGAAUGAUGAGCAAGGAGUAUGUUUGGAUCAUAACCGAUGCAGUGGGAAAUGACUUGACUUCGUUGGAUCCUCAAGUCAUUGAUUCAAUGCAAGGAGUAUUGGGCGUAAAGCCUUAUGUCGUCCCAACAAAACAGUUUGAGAAUUUCAGAGUUAGGUGGAAAACCAAGUUCAAGCAAGAGAAUCCCACUAUGCUUGAUGCUGAUCUAAAUGUUUUCGGACUAUGGGCAUAUGAUGCUGCUACUGCACUGGCUAUGGCGGUGGAGGUAGUUGGCACCACAAAUACUACUGUCUUUCUAGAGACGAACACAUCAAGAAAUUCAACAGAUCUUGAAACCUUGGGAGUCUCUCAAAUGGGCCCAAAACUUCUCCAAGCUCUUAAAAAUACUAAAUUUAAAGGACUCAGUGGACAUUUUCAAAUGGUUGAUGGGCAGCUACAAACAUCAGCAUACCAGAUAGUCAAUGUGAUUGGCAAUGGUCAAAACGGAAUCGGAUUUUGGACAGCAGAAAAGGGACUCACCAAAGUCUUCGACCUCACUAGUACAACUACUGUGGGUUAUUCCACUUCCAAGGAAUUACUUGGAUCAAUUAUAUGGCCAGGUGACAUUACGUCUCCGCCCAAAGGUUGGGUGGACAAUCCCUUAGAUGGUAAGAAGCUGAGAAUAGGAGUUCCAGUCAAGACUGGCUUCACUGAAUUUGUGAAGGUGUAUGGUGAUAAUGAGACUAGGCCUGAAGGUUACUGCAUCAAAGUGUUUGAUGCCGUAAUGGCCAAGCUACCAUAUCCAGUUGCAUACGAAUAUGUUCCAUUUGCAACUCCUGACGGGAAGAGUGCAGGCAACUACAAUGAUUUGGUGGAGCAGGUUUAUAAUGGGAAAUUUGAUGCAGCGAUUGGAGAUAUUACUAUUAUUGCAAAUAGGUCAAAUUACGUGGACUUCAGUUUGCCUUUCACUGAGUCUGGAGUGGCAAUGGUGGUGCCACUUAGGGACAAGAAGAAGAAGAAUGCAUGGGUGUUCUUGAAGCCUCUAACUUGGGGUCUUUGGUUAGCAAGUUUUUGUUCAUUCGUUUUCGUUGGCUUUGUGAUUUGGGUUCUUGAACAUCGGAUAAAUGUGGACUUUCGGGGGCCUCCUUCUCAUCAGGCUGGAACCAUUUUUUGGUUUGCCUUCUCCACCAUGGUCUUUGCCCAGAGGGAAAGGAUUGUGAGCAACUUGGGCAGGUUUGUGGUGAUUGUAUGGUGUUUUGUGGUGUUGAUACUGAUUCAAAGUUACACGGCAAGUUUAACUUCAAUGUUAACCGUUCAACAGCUUCAACCCACUAUUAUUGAUCUAAGUGAACUUCUAAAGAAAAAUGAGAAUGUGGGUUGCCCAGAUGGUUCUUUCGUCAAAAACAUCCUAAAACAAUUGGGUUUUAACGAGUUUAGAUCAAUCAAGGUCUACAAGUCUGCUGAGGAAUUGGAUGAACUCCUUAGAAAUGGCAGUGUUGCUGCUGCUUUCGAUGAAAUCCCCUACAUGAAGGUCUUUCUCUCCAAAUAUUGCUCCAAAUACACUAUGCUCCCACCAACUAAUAGAACAGAUGGCUUUGGCUUUGCGUUUCCAAUUGGUUCCCCACUAGUAAAUGAUGUUUCAAGAGCAGUCUUGAGUGUGACUGAAGGAGAGAAAAUGGUGGACUUAGAGAAAGUCCUUUAUAACGAAAGCAAUUGCCCAGAUUCCAGCAACUCGCUUUCUUCCAACAGUGUCAGCCUUGGUGUUGAGAGCUUCUGGGGCUUGUUCCUCAUUGCUGGCUUGGCUUCACUUUCAGCUCUCGUAAUAUAUACCAUCAUAUUUGUACAUGAGCAUAAGCACGUAUUAAACCAGCUUGAGCCCAAUGCUUCAACAAGAGAAAAGAUCAUUGCGCUGGUUAAUAACUUUGACAAAAAAGACCUCUCUAGCCAUACUUUCAAGAAGCCUGGAUUUCAAGACGGGAACACUAUCAGUAGUGUAGAUAGUGGUGAACCUAGUGUUGGUGAUCUCCCACUAAGUCCUUGAAGCCUCUGAUUCUAUCCUUCCCCUUAUAUGAACUCUCAUCCAUCUUGAACUCCAUUUAGCUUUUCAAACCACCCAGAUGGCAAUUCUGCUUCUAGGAUAUUAAUCCCAUGAAUUUGGAGAACCAAGUUCAAGACAGCAAAUAAGAAGAGAGAUUGUUGAAGCAAGUGAAGUUGGUGAUCCAAAUAAAGAGACACCAAACAGUGCCCCAGACUCCACAAAUGAAAGUCACUAAUCUAGAUGUAGACUUAGUUGCACUGUGAUCUCUUAUUGGAUAUCUAAUUAUGUUGUAGUUUCACCGCCAUAUGGAUUUACAGCUUAGCUUAUACACUUAAAACUAAUUUCACAUAUUCUCUUGUUAGAUUAGGCCCAGUCUAGU